GUGCGGGGCGCGGGGCGCGGGCGGUCCGCGGGCGGGCGAGGAUGCUGCUGUCCCUGGUGCUCCACACCUACUCCAUGCGCUCCCUGCUGCCCGGCGUCGUGCUGCUGGGCUCGGCGCCCACCUACGUGCUGCUGUGGGGCGCGUGGCGCCUGCUGUCCGCGCUGCUGCCCGCGCGCCUGUACCAGCGCGUGGACGACCACAUGUACUGCGUGUACCAGAGCAUGGUGGUCUUCUUCUUCGAGCACUACACCGGCGCGCAGAUAUUGGUAUAUGGAGAUUUGCCGAAAAAUAAAGAAAAUAUAAUAUAUUUAGCAAAUCAUCGCAGCACAGUGGACUGGAUUGUCGCCGACAUCCUGGCCAUGCGGCAGAACGCUGUGGGACAUGUGCGCUACGUACUGAAAGACCAAUUGAAGUGGCUUCCCUUGUACGGGUAUUACUUUUCUCAGCACGGAGGAAUCUAUGUGAAGCGAAGUACCAAGUUCAAUGAGGGCAAAAUGAGGGCCACGCUGCAGAGCUACGUGAACGCGGGGACGCCGAUGUACCUUGUGAUUUUUCCAGAGGGAACAAGGUAUAAUCCAAAAGUCCUUUCUGCUAGUCAGGAGUUUGCUGCUCAACGGGGUCUCCCAGUGUUAAAGUAUGUGCUGACACCAAGAAUAAAGGCAACUUAUGUUGCAUUUGAUUCUAUGAAGAAUUAUAUAGAGGCCAUUUAUGAUGUUACAGUGGUCUAUGAAGGGAAGGACAAAGAAGGCCGGCAAGUAGAAACCACGACCAUGACUGAAUUCCUCUGCAGACACUGUCCAAAAAUUCAUAUUCACAUUGAUCGUAUCGACAGAAAAGACAUCCCAGAGGAGCAGGAGUCCAUGAAGAGGUGGCUUCACCAGCGCUUUGAGAAAAAAGACAAGUUGCUUAUGGAAUUCUAUGAGUCACCAGAUCCAGAAAGAAGGAACCAGUUUCCUGGGAAAAGUGUUAAUUCAAAACUAAGUCUCAAGAAGACUUUGCCAUCAGUGUUGUUCCUGAGCGGCUUGACUGCCGGCCUGCUGAUGACGGAGGUCGGGAGGAAACUGUAUGCAAACGCAUGCAUCUGCGGAACCGUCUUUGGCUGCCUGUGGGUCUCCUUCAGAGCGUGAGCAGUGGGCGUCCCUCAUAGAUGGCCACACACGUGACAUCCACUUGCUUCCUGAACUUAGCAAGGAGUGUAAAUAAAGCCCCGUUGACCGAACAAUGGUAAAAUGGAAUUUAUAUAAAAGCCAGUAUGCAUUUGAUUUUGGGCGAACAUUGUUUUCAGCGUUAGAGCAGGAAUUACCGAAAAGGUCAAAGCUAAGUGGACUUCAUGCUGUUCUUCCCAUGUCCCUUGAGCUGAUGUCCCCCUCAGACGACUGUUAGGUUGUGAUUUGCUAUCGCACUAUAAUUCAGAUGGCAUAUGUUCACAUCACCAGGUAGCGGAUUUCAUUAUGUUUGUUAUUGUCAAUGUCUGACACCCUGACAGCCCCGAUCUCUCGCCGCUGCGGCGUUUGCCUCACUGCGUAAUCCUUGGCUUUCUGCUCAGUGUCUGCAAGUCAGGGAGGAAAGUGCCUCCGAGUAUCCAGACCCUCGAGGACACAGCAGGAAGUGCUCCGGGUGGAGCUCUGUUCAGAGUGUGUCUAUUGUACUGCAUUACUAGCUCGUUUUACUUCAUAUUUGUGAAAUAAUUAACAUUUAAUAUGUAUUGAGAUCACUUAAUUUGCAUACCCUUUAACCUACACAAAAGAAUAUGGUAGAAAAUGGCAAAAUGAAGUUUAAGUUAAAAUUGUCACUGAUUCAUUGUCUGAGAACUGUGACUUGCCUAGCUUUGAAGGGUUACCCUGUGCUAUUAGUAAUUCCCAACAUUGUGCCAUAAGUGCUUAAAAUACUAAGGUUUCCUGUGAUCGUUUAUAUCAAAACAGUCACGGUGAACCUUUCCGGUAGAUUCUGAGCCUCCGAGGUGGCAGGGCCUGCAGGCAUCCUACCCAGGACCAGCGUGUGCCUUGUGACUGCUUCACUUCUUCGAUUGAAGCCACGCAUCAGACGUGGAGCUUGUCUGUGUGCCGGCCCCGUAGCUCCCGCCGCGCUCUGCCCCCCUCUGGGCUUCCUUAGCGGUGCUGCCUGGUGUCGCCCUGGUUCGGAGUCCCUCACCCUGGCUCUGGGGCGUGAGCUUGUGAGCUGCUGUGGCAGCAGCUGGCACUCAUCCCUCUGAGGAGUCGCCUUCUGCCACUAUCGGCCCAUUUCCCAUCUGUGCGAGAAGAGCUGCCGGGUGACCGGCGUCACAGAAGCAGUGUGUCCCCCGAAAGGAGGCGGUCUGAAAGCUUGCUCUGCUCUGCUCUGGUUUAUCUUAUAGUAUGAACAUGCUUAUCUGCAGUCCUUUAUAAUAACUUUUCAGCUAACUGCUACUUAGGGGCUUUUUAAAUUUCUUUUCAAAAUUAUGUCUGACUCAGAUGAAGUGCACGAAUUGACUCAUAAAGAAAAUGAAAGAAUUGAAGGAAAUCGUGUCCAACUGUUAUAUUGCUUUCCUAAACAGAAAACAAGCCAUCUCUUGCAGUCCCCUUGGAGGGUCAGGUGGUGAGUCUGUGUACCCAGGAUUCAUAACCACCUGCUCCCACAGAAUACAGUUAGCCUGACCACAGGGGGGAAUAGGUCAAACUUGGUUAAAGUGCUCUCAUGACGAACUGUAAUUUUCUCUUUCCUGAAAAAUGAAAUUUAGAUCAAUCCCAGGUCUCUGUUAAAUACAUUUUUUAACAGUGCUAAUUUUAGAGCUUAUUUCUGACAAAAUCAAAAUAAAUGUAAGCUGUGAUAUUUGAAUAUCAUGGGUAUGGUCCAGUUUUAGAUUUUGAGGAGCUGUAUCAUUAGAAUUAUAUGGCUUAUAACUGGACUUAGCAAGGUCAAGUGACCUGCAUGAAGUUACCUGAGCACUGUUUCUUACGUCUCUGCUCCUACACAUCUCAUAAAAGGUUUAUAAAAUCAGUGUGAGAAAAAUUUACGUCAAAAUGAAAUUUGUCUUUCAUGCAUUGAUUUUGUCUUAAUUUAUCCAUCUUCUAAAAUUAAAAUCUCUGCCUACCUAUGAAUCUUUACAUACAAUAUCAUUUAAGCUUUGUUUGUGUUGUUCUUCUUGGUUUAUGAUUUGCUUCUUAUUUAACUGCUCUUUAUAAGGCUGCCAUUGGGGUGCGUGUUUGUGGUUUUCAGCAAAGGGUGGAUUUGGAGGAAAGCAAUAAAGUAAAAUAGAAUUUGC